AUGUCGGCGCGGUUGGAUGACAUCAGCCCGCGGACCGGGAUGGUCAUGGCCAUGGCCAGCCUCUUCCUGGUGUUCGGGUUCAUGUUCACCGUAUCGGGAGUCAAGGGCGAGACUCCGGGUGACGUCCCGCUCAUUGCCAUUGGGCCGGCCAUCUGCCUGCCGGGAGUGGCUGCCAUCUUCAUCGCCAAUGCGACCAAAGGUUGUGCGGUGUCUCCCUUCCGAGACGGAUGGCUCUGUAAACAGGGAAGGCCCAGGAGGGCGGAUGGCAGGAGCCGCGAGGAUCUGACGGCACUCCCCAGCUGUGAGAGGGCCCAUUCCGGUGAGGAUUCCAGGUCCACCGUGACCACGGUGGGUGAGACCAGCCGACUGGUUCGAGGUGUAGACCGAGAUGAGGUCUUACACUACUUACAGGACUGUUACCCUUCCAGAACCUUUCUAGAGACUUCAGACAAGUCGAGCUCCUAUGCCCUGGAACGGCGCUGCCCCAGCCGGGAAAGCAUGUUCUACGAAGCUGCCCACUACACCUCUGUGCAAGCGCCGUCUGAAAGCAUUGUAGUGUUCUCACGCUGCGAGAGCAACUCCCACGGGUCCUACUGCUGUUACAUCCCUCCCCAGGACUUCAGCUGGGACGUGGAGACCGUGGUCUGA